AUGGGCGCGCAACUUGUCAGUAUUGAUGGAGAUGAACUUAACGGUUUUAUCAAUUUAACAUUCAGAGAGUCUCCAAAUGCUAAAUUGUGGAUUGGUUUGAAGAGAUGUAAUAUGUUGUGGUGUUAUUUGAAUAAUUACAACGCAACUUAUAGCAAUUGGCAGAAAGACGAACCAAAUAAUUUGGGAGGAAGGGAAGACUGUGUUGAAAUGCGCAAAGAUGGAAGGUGGAAUGAUGUACCAUGUUCUCAUAAGAAAUCCUUUGUAUGUGAAAAACAUAUGAUAACGCAAUCGAAAAUAAUCGCUAAGAUUGGGAAACUAAACAAUAAGGUUGACGAACUUUAUAGUGAGGAAGUAUCAGAUGAAGUACGAAAAGAACGUGCACAUGAGAUUAUAAACGAACUGACAGAGUUCACAGAUCUUGAUAAAGUGGCGGAUAGAAAUGUAAUUCCAGAUCUGGUAACAACGUUGGAAAAUUAUGGACUCCAAUAUGGGGAGGAGAUAAGAAACAACACGAAUGGUUCCAUAAGUCAAAACAGUUCAAACGUACAGUUACGAGUCAGAUACAUGGAAAACACAGGGAAUUUUACGCUUGUGGACAGACGUACAAAUUUCCCCAAUGCAUCCUUAAUCAUCUCGUCUGAUACAAUCCCUGAAGAAUCUGGAAGUCUUGCUGUUGUCGUGUGGUACAAGACAUUAAAUUCAUUUCUUGGAGAGAAAUUUCACACCAGCGAUGAUCAUGUGAAAGUAAACAAUAAGAUAAUCACUGCAAGUGUCCGACCUCAGUCAAAGAUGCUAAGUUUUACCCAGCCUGUGCAGAUCAUUUGGGACGGAAAUGGAAAGAAUAACGAUGAAAAAUGCGCAUACUGGAUACCAGAGUCGGGUGAAAAUAGGUGGAAGACAGAUGGCUGUAUCAAAGUCGAAGACCAGUCAGGCAGAAAUCGCUUGAUAUGUGAGUGCAACCACCUCACAGCAUUUGCUACAAUCGACAUUUCAAGAAAUUUGCUAAGCAAAGCUGAGAGAAAGGCUUUGGAGGUAAUAUCUACCAUUGGCUGUUCAAUAUCAUUAGUUGGAGUGUUGCUAACCAUAGCAACAUACGCUUUACUCUGGAAGAGUCUUCAUAAGAAUGUCAAGACCAAUAUUCCAUCCCAGGUCCUCUUAAAUCUCUGUGUUGCGAUUGGAAUGACAGAUAUAUUUGCUAUCGUAGCUGGACCAGCGCAGAAAAAUGAGACAUUUUGCAUAGUUAUCUCCAUACUACUUUAUUUCUUCAUACUCGCUAUUUUUGGCUGGAUGUUUUGCGAAGGAAUCGUCAUUUAUUUACAACUCGUAAACGUGUAUUCAGGCUUGGCUUUGGGAGGUAAACACCUGAAGGCCUUCUACGUGAUUGGUUGGGGAGUUCCGGUUGUCCUUGUCCCUAUAUUAGUCGGUGCAAAUGAUCGAAAAGAUUUUAUAACCGAUCGUGCCUGCUGGUGCCGUGGUGAUGGUGCGUUGUUUUGGACAUUUGUCUGUACAAUAAUCCUGGUCAUACUGAUCAACUUUGUUAUUUUCGUUCUGGCGUUAAGAAGUGCUUUAUCCUCCAGCCAAAUAAGAACCGCUCAUUCAGAAGCUGACACAAAGCUGAGAAAAGCAAAAAUUGGUGUCAAAGGUUCAGCCAUCCUUUUUCCAAUACUUGGACUAACCUGGGUGUUUGCUUUGUUGGUGUUCAAUCGUGAUGCAAUUUUCUUUAAAUGUCUUUUCGGGAUAUUUAACUCUCUCCAAGGCCUAAUGAUAUUCGUUUUUCACGUGCUGAUAAAUAAAAAGGUUCAUGACGCAAUCAGCAGUGUAAAGAAAGCCAGAAAUGCAAGGGACACCAAUGCCAAAGUCGCUUUAACUGUUGCAACAACUGUAACCAGCUCUACCAAAUCAAAAAUUCCAACAGUCUCUGUUUUCGUGGAACAGGACAACAAAUCACUGAAUGGCGAAAAGUUCAUUCUCACUCCUUUAAGAUCUUAG